AGGCUCGCGUAUAUAAAUCAGGCAAAUUUCCCAUCCGAGCAUGAACCUCUGAGCACAGCCGGCACCCAAGGUCUCGUCCAAGGCCCUCUGGAGUCCAGCCCAUAAUGAAGGUCCUGGCGGCAGGAGUCAUGCCCCUCCUCUUCGUGCUGCACUGGAAAGACGGGGCGGCCAGCCCCCUGCCCAUCACACCUGUCAAUGCCACCUGUGCCACCCGCCACCCGUGUUACAACAACGUCAUGAGCCAGAUCAGGAAUCAACUAGCCCAGCUCAAUGGCAGUGCCAGCCCGCUCUUCAUCCUCUACUACACGGCUCAGGGAGAGCCAUUCCCCAACAACCUGGACAAGCUGUGCGCCCCCAACAUGACAGACUUCCCGCCUUUCCACGCCAACGGCACGGAGAAGGCCAAGCUGGUAGAACUGUACCGCAUCGUCGCUUACAUGGGCGCCUCCCUGGGCAACGUCACCCGAGACCAGAAGACCCUGAACCCCACCGCCUUGAGCCUCCACAACAAGCUGAACGCUACCGUCGACUCCCUACGCGGGCUCCUCAGCAACGUGCACUGCCGCCUGUGUACCAAGUACCACGUGGGCCACGUGGACGUGGCCUACGCCCCGGACACCUCCGGCAAAGAUGUCUUCCAGAAGAAGAAGCUGGGCUGUCAGCUCCUGGGGACGUACAAGCAGGUCAUCAACAUAGUGGCCCAGGCCUUCUAGC